GGGACAUGGCCAGAUGGGGAAGCCAAACGUUGCGCUGCCUUCUCAUCGUUCUUUCUUCAUUCUUGGGGCGUCUCCAUCCGUCUUCUCCGUCUCAGAGCUCGCGUGCGUCCCCUACUUCGUUGUGCUCUUGAAUCAGCAUUAGUCGCACCGCCGUGUACCUGAGAUCCAGAUUCGGUGGGAUUGAGCAUCGCACAAGUGGCCGUUGCCUCCAUUGCCAUUAAUUUCCACACAAGUGAUGCUUGCUUUGCCUCAUUCCCGUUUCGUGGGGUCUUAAGCCCUUCAAUUUGAUAUAGUGACUACUCUGUGUUCCCUCUACAAGUGCAAAAGCUUUGUAUAUCUGUCCAUGCCUCCUAGGAAGAAACCCAGCUCUUCUAAGAAAUCGAAUCUGAGCAGCCAGGCUCAGCCUUCUAAGUUCGGCAUUCAGCAUUUUUUUGAGCGCCACACCCAGAAUGCUCUUGUAGCCUCUCAGAAGCAGCCAAAAAAUGAUCCAGCUGCGAACCGUCCCAUUUCUGCUCCCCAAGAUUCCAAGUCUGUUGCAUCUCCUAACUCUCAUAUUCCACCUGUUGCUGGGUCGCAAGCUGUCGCUCCAAACAAUUUAGAUUCCGUUCUUGCUAGAGCUGAAAGUAAAUUGAACUCAGACUUGGCUGGGCCAAAAAUUGAGAAUUCAGAAUCGCAAAAGCGUAAAGACACCCCGCAAGUUGGAGCAAAUGAAUUCAAUAACGUUUCGCAGGAUACUCCUUCAGAGAAUUUGUUAAUACCAGGGUUUGAUGCUGUGGAAAAUCUCCCUGAGGCGUCUCCGGAAAUUUCCAAGAUUGUGCCUCAUAAGCGCUUUAAGUUCUCGCCUGGGAUGUUAAUAAAACAGAGCCAGGAUGAUGGGGUUGAUGAAGUCACAUGGAAGAUAUCUCCUGUGAAUGAAAGACUUCAAGCAGUUUCAAAACACAUGCCUCAGAUGAUUCAGGCUUUGGCUGAAUCUUCUAGAAUCAACUUAUUGCCCGUUGGGAUUUCCUCAGAGAAUCAGACUUCUCUGACUAAAGGUGGCAAAUUUGAAAAGAUACUUGCUUCACCAGCUACAAAGGCUGCUGAGAGGUCAACAGUGUUGAAGAAUGAAAAAGGCUUGAAACGUAUAAACGCAGACCAAGACAUGGUUUUUAACGUCAGUUCAACUGCUGUGAAUGGUUCUGGAGUAAUUACUGUACAGAGCCCCUUCCGAACUCCACCAUCUCUAUCCUAUUGCUCUGAUAAGCUAGUCAGGGAUGUUGAGCACAAUGGACUAUCUGACCAGCUUUAUUUAAGACAGCAUAAAAAGGCAUUGCUUGAACUGUUAGAUCAAGUCGAAGAUGCCAUUUGUGUUGAAGAUGCUACAAUCUGUGAUAAAAGUGCAAAUUACAUUAAGUCUCAAGAUGGAAUUGCUGAUAAUCUGCCCAUCAGAGUUGACUCUGCAGCAGAAAGCACUAUAAUUCAUAAGCCCAAAGAGGCCCUUGGUGGGUCCAGUUCUAAUUAUUUGGUCUUGGAGGUAUCUGAAAAACAUAGUCUUGCUAAUUCAUCUGCUUUGCAAGGCCCAUACAAGGUGCUUCGUUUAAUAAAUGAACAAACUGGAGAAGAGAAGGCUGCAAACUUGUUGGAAGAGUGGUCUUACAGUGUUGUUGCACCUGGAGAUACUGUGAAUAUAAUUGGUCAAUUUGAUGAUUGGGGGCAUUGUGAUGUAGAUCAUGAUAAUAAUUUUUUGAUUGUACACCCAGAUAUUCUGGUGUCUGGGUCUCGGGUAGCUGCUAGUUUUACUUGUCCAAGGAGAACUGUCUUAGAUGAGAGGCUAAAAUGUAAUGAGCACUCAAUUGCUGCAUUAACUGGAACCUUACUUCACCAAAUUUUUCAGGCUGGACUUAUCAAGGAUAGUCCUUCAACAAACUUCUUAGAGGAAUAUGCACGAUUGGUACUCCAGAGAAACAUUGAAAGCUUGUAUGCAUGUGGAGUAAAUGAAAAUGAUGUGCACAAAACCUUGAUAGACGCCAUUCCACGAAUAUUAAAUUGGAUCAAACUGUUCAAGAAUUCAGAGGAAAACAGAGAUGCUUAUGUUGAUUUUGGAUGUGAUGAUGGGAUAAAGAAAGUCAAAGUAUCUGAGGUGCUUGAUAUUGAGGAAAUGGCAUGGGCUCCUCAAUAUGGUUUGAAAGGGAUGAUUGAUGCUUCUGUCAGUGUGAAAGUUCUACCUAAGGGAAAUGAAGCAGAUGAAAAGGUCAUGCCAUUAGAGUUCAAAACUGGGAAAGCAAUGUCUGGCCAGUCAUCCAUAGAACACCGUGCCCAAGUGAUCUUGUACACUCUUCUGAUGUCAGAAAGGUACCUAAAGACUAUUGAUUCUGGUCUUCUAUAUUAUCUCCAGUCAGAUCAGACGGAGGGUAUUGUUGUUCAAAGAUCUGACUUAGUUGGGCUAAUCAUGCGACGUAAUGAGCUUGCAAGUGAUAUUCUGAAAGCAUUAACCACUCAACAACUGCCUCCAAUGUUACAGGUACAAGGAGGAAGUGCAAUGAGUAGUGGAUUGGGAGAUGUGUUUGAUUCACAUACUAAUCACCUUUCAUCUACUUAUUGUAAGUUCCUCUGCCAUUGGGAUUGGCUGAUUGACUUAGAAGCAAAAGAGACUGAGUAUAACUUUUAAGGCAGUUUUGUAAAGAAAGAGAUGUGGCGAUCACAUGCUUUUAAAAGUCAGAACAGUACUGGCCUUUCUUCUGUCAUCCUUGAUGCUUCAAAUAAUAUUCCACGUCAGAAAUCUCUUAAAGAUAAUUGUUUCAUUUAUCGUUUUGUACGAUGUGGUCCAUCUUCCCUAUCUGAAGAUGGCGAUCCUUCUAAAGCUACAACAAAUUAUUUAGAUCUGAAACUAAGAAGUGGAGACUAUGUGAUAUUGAGCACUGAAUCUAGCCGUCAAGCUAUUGCCAGUGGGGUGAUUACAGAUAUUAGUCAUGCCCAUGUGUCUGUUUCCUUUUCAAAGCGCCUGUGGAUUCCUGGAAGCACCUCCACUAGCCAAGAUCUCUAUAAACAGGUUUGGAGAAUUGAUAAGGAUGAAGGUGUGACUUCAUUUGCUAUUAUGAGGUUUAAUCUAGUACAGCUUUUUCUGCAAAAUGCUCGAAGUACUCAUCUGAGGAAAAUGAUUGUUGAUCUUGAGGCUCCUAAAUUUGACAGUGGAUCUGUGCUCAGUCAGGACCCAAUAUCAUAUAUGUGGUGGUCAGAGAAGAGUUUGAAUGAUGAUCAGCGUAGAUCAAUCCUCAAGAUUCUUACUGCAAAGGACUACGCACUCAUAUUAGGAAUGCCCGGAACAGGAAAGACAUCAACUAUGGUUCAUGCUGUGAAAGCAUUAUUAAUCAGAGGCACAACUAUUUUGCUGACAGCUUAUACAAACUCAGCUGUAGAUAAGUUACUUAUCAAAUUAAAAGCUCAGGGAAUUGAUUUUGUCCGUAUUGGAAGACAUGAAGCUGUGCAUGAGGAGGUUAGAGGACACUGCCUUUCAGCAACAAAUGUACAAAAUGUUGAUGAGAUCAAAGUAAGGUUAGAACAAGUUAAAGUAGUUGCAGUUACAUGUCUGGGCAUCACCAGUCCCUUGCUUGCCAACAGGACUUUUGAUGUAUGCGUUAUGGACGAAGCUGGGCAGACAACUCUACCAGUGUCCUUGGGCCCUCUCAUGUUUUCCUCAAUGUUUGUACUUGUGGGUGAUCACUAUCAACUUCCUCCGCUUGUCCAGAGUGCAGAGGCUCGAGAGAAUGGUAUGGGGAUAAGUUUAUUUUGUAGGCUCUCAGAAGCACAUCCACAAGCAAUUUCAGCACUACAGAGUCAGUACCGUAUGUGUCAGGGCAUCAUGGACCUGUCAAAUGCCUUGAUAUAUGGUGAUAGGUUAAGGUGCGGUUCCACUGAGAUUGCCAAUGCAAAACUUGCGUUUUCUACCUUAAAAUGUGCCUUGCCUUGGCUAAAAAAUGUUUUGAAUCCAUGCAGGCCAGUGAUAUUUAUUGAUACUGAUAAAUUGCCCGCUAUAGAGGCAAGAGAACAGAAGGCUAUAAAUAACCCUGUUGAAGCUCACAUAAUUGUUGAGAUAGCUAAGGCACUAAUAAAAAAUGGAAUUGGAGAAGAACAUGUUGGCAUUAUUACUCCCUACAAUUCCCAGGCAAACCUCAUCCGUCAAGCUACUUGCAUGACAUCGUUGGAGAUUCAUACCAUUGACAAAUACCAGGGUAGAGAUAAAGAUUGCAUAAUAGUAUCUUUUGUGAGGUCCAGUGAAAAUCCAUCAAGCUGUACUUCUUUGCUUGGAGACUGGCACAGGAUAAAUGUGGCUCUCACACGUGGCAAGAAAAAGCUGAUCAUGGUGGGUUCUUGUAGAACUCUAUCAAAGGUUCCAUUACUGAAGCUUCUCAUAAAAAAGGUUGAGGAACAAUCAGGUAUUGUUAGUUUGUCUAAGAAGGAUAUCUAUCAAAAAGGAGAGCUCAAAAGGUGCUCCCAGAUGAGAUGACCAACAAUUCAUUGCCCAAAAUUAUUUAGAUUCUUUUUUUGUAAGAUUAAGGUUCCUAUUGUACAAAGGACUAUUUUUCCUUUUGUGAUUGACAAUGAUAACUUCUAUCCUACUAGAUGGGAUCACAUAAUAUAGAUAGCACGAUGUCAUUGUUUUCUGUCAAUUUCUUUUUGGGUUGUACUCAAACAUCCUUUUG